AUGGCCUGGAGCAAUCAGUCAGUUGUGACUGAAUUCAUACUACGAGGUCUAUCCAGCUCCUGGGAACUUCAGCUCUUCUACUUCCUGUUUUUCUCCGUAGUCUAUGCAGCCACUGUGCUGGGGAAUCUCCUUAUUGUGCUUACCGUCAUAUCAGAGCCACGCCUGCACUCCCCCAUGUACUUUCUGCUAGGCAAUCUCUCCUUCAUCGACAUGUCUUUGGCCUCAUUUGCCACCCCGAAAAUGAUCGCGGACUUCCUCAGUGAGUAUAAAGCCAUCUCUUUUGAAGGUUGCAUAACCCAGAUAUUCUUCCUGCAUCUCCUAGGAGGGGCUGAGAUUGUGCUGCUCAUCUCCAUGUCCUUUGAUAGGUACGUGGCUAUCUGUAAGCCUCUGCGGUACUUAACCAUCAUGAGCCGGAGAAUGUGCGUUGGGCUCGUGGUACUUUCCUGGAUCGUCGGCAUCUUCCACGCUCUGAGUCAGUUAGCAUUUACUGUGAAUCUGCCCUUCUGUGGACCCAACGAAGUAGAUAGCUUCUUUUGUGACCUGCCUUUGGUGAUUAAGCUCGCCUGUGUAGACACGUACAUUCUGGGGGUGUUCAUGAUCUCCACCAGCGGCAUGAUUGCACUGGUGUGCUUCAUCCUCCUGGUGAUCUCCUACACCAUCAUUCUGGUCACUGUGCGGCAGCGUUCCUCGGGCGGCUCUUCCAAAGCCCUCUCCACCUGCAGCGCCCACUUCACUGUCGUGACCCUUUUCUUUGGCCCGUGCAUCUUCAUCUACGUGUGGCCUUUUACAAAUUUUCCAAUCGACAAAGUACUGUCAGUAUUUUACACCAUAUUCACUCCCCUCCUGAAUCCAGUGAUCUAUACCCUUAGAAAUAAGGAUGUCAAGGAUUCUAUGAGGAAACUCAGUACCAGUAUCUUUAAGUCCAGGAAGACUGAUCAUACCCCUUAA